AUGGCUGCUCCUGCAGAAGUCACUUUGAAGGAUCUCACAGGGAAUUGGGUCAUGAACAAAACUCUCUCAGAUGAUACCGAUUCCGUUCUAGCCCUCCAAGGCAUUGGAUGGUGGACUCGAAAAGCAAUCAGUCUCGCAACAGUUACGCUGCAUGUCAAACAAUACACCGAAGGCAACUUCACCCACGUCGACAUUGAUCAGACAGCCACAGGCGGAAUCAAGGGUACCACCGAAAACCGAACACUCGACUGGGAAUUCCGCGAAACCCAAGAUCACAUCUUUGGAAAUCUCAAGGGCAGAUCGAGAUGGCUUACGCUGGACUUGGUUGACGACGACUUCCUCAAGGAGGAAUGGUUAGAAGGUGAUGAGGAAAAGGCAGGACCAGAGGGUCAGACACAUAUCCAGUCGUGGGUGGACAACCAGGAGAAGGGAUGGACGGCUGAGCAGAUCUGGGGAUUCGCUGUUGUAGACGGCAAGAGAUAUUAUACCAGAAGAAUUACUGUCAAAAAGGGCAGUGAGGUCAGGAAGGUUCGUUUGAUUUACAAUUGGCAAGGGAAAUAG